UUAUUCAUUCUUUAAUGUGAUUUCGUAAAGAAAAGACGUCAUUUCAUUUUUUUUUGUAUAAUUUGAUAAUUUGGGAAUCUCAAUCAAUAAACGGAUAUAUUUCAAUCAUUUAUAUUAAAAGGAAAUAAAUAAAGAAAAUAAAUAAAAGGAGAUUGAUUUAAUAAAAAGGAGGAAUUAUUUGCAAUUAAACCAUUGGAGACAUUCGUUACCGUCAGCCAUUUUUGAACCCAACCUUUUUUUUGGAAUUCUUUGCAAAAAAAUAAUUAUAAAAAUGGAGUCGACACAUUUUAUGACUCCUAUGGAAGCUGUGCAAACGGUUUCAAUGUUCAGUUAUCUAACAAUUCUCAGUGAUUUUUUAUUGGGUAAAAAUUUAUUAAAUGUGACUAAUCAAUUUCAACCGAUACCAGUGGUAAAUGGAUUGUAUCAUUAUUUGAACGACAAUAGUAAUGAAAAUCAAACAAUCAUCAUUGAACGAAAAUUACAAUUGGCUCGUAAACUUAUUGAAGGCACUGAUUUAUAUGGAGCAAAAGAAAACGAAAUUCCAGAUCCAAUUUUUGUUGAUUCACUAUACAGACAUAUAAUUACAACACUUGUGUUUGAAAAGUUUAUAAAUAUUUAUGGAUUUCUUGUAGAAAUUGUUCGUAAUUCUAAAGAUUUAGAAAUAAAGACAAUACACGACAAUAUUAUGACGGCGUUAACAGAAGAAAAAUUUCAGAAUGAAAAUGGAAAUUAUUCCAUGUUAGAGACAUCGACAAUUUCGGAAAUUAUCAAAAAUUUUAUUCAUCCUUUGUUUCCAAAAAUACUAUCAGAAAAUAUUAAUUUAUUAUCAAUUGAUUAUAUUUAUGCUCAAGCUGGUUUAAUGUUUCUUUUGUCCGGAAUUAGUUCACCGUUAUUAAAAUCAACUGAAUUUAACCAAUCUGGGGAAAUUAACAGUACAGUUCAAUUUGCUCAAUACGUAAUUAUUGCACAUACUAUUGAAAAAUUGGUAAUCGAUAAAGAAAUGGACGAAGUAGUUUUAGGAAUUUUUUCCCUUCCAGCUCUAUUUUAUUACACUUACAAUGAAAAAGAGAUGCUAAAAAAUAUAAGUAUAGAAAAUAUAAUGAAUAAUGCGACUCUAGGAAUUGAAGCCUUCAAAAUGUUGUUUAAGUAUCUAAAUGAAAAGUUCGAGAAAUUGGAUAGUAUUAAGAAAAAUGAUUACCGAUAUCAGUUUUAUUUGGCUAGAGGAAAUUUUAAAAAUCGUACAACACUGGCUAGAGAAAUUAUUAGCAGCAAAUGUCCGCUUGUUAAAAAAGAGGAAUUAGAGGAUGAAGUUACAAAAUACAAAAAUAAUCCUGAUGAUUAUCAAUGUAAUACUGGAAAUGGGAAAAAAUUAGAGGAUGUGAAUCGUCUUUAUCAGGAACAGGUGAACGAUAUUACAAAUAAAUACUUUGUCUACGAAAAGGAAACCAUUAAAGAAGCUAUGGGUUCGGAAUUUAUUGAAGCCAUAGAUGAUACCAAUGUAGAAAUAACCAGAGGUUUGGUUACAUAUCAGGCUAGCCCUAUAGGAUAUAAUGAAUUUCAAUGGGUAAAAGAAUCAGACGAUUUGUUCAGGUUCCACUUUGUCGACGAUAAAGAAGCAUCAUAUUAUUUUGCUUUUGUGCGGGAGAACAACGAAAUUAUGGUAAUGGUAGAAGAUUACGAGAGUUCUGAUUGUUCCCUAUCAAAAAAACGAAAAACUAAAAUAAUACAUUGCAACCCUGGAAUUCUUCGUGAUAAAUUAGAAUUGUCAAGAGACGAAGAAUUUUCAAGGAAUCACUUCCCGUUAGUUAAGAAACAUAAAGAUGAGAGGUUCGAAGUCUUUUUAAAUCGAAUUGCAGAGGAAAGAGCUAAUAAAUUUAAAGCGAUAAUCACACGCGAGGGAUACGACCAAACGAGAAAGGAAUGGUGGAAAGAUUUCGGAUUAUCGCUAAUUCCUUUUUACACUUGCGUUCAUGGAAUUAAAACGGGAAAUACAGAAGAGGAAACCUCAUGUUUAUAUGAUUCUCUAGCAUUUUUACCCGUUGUUGGAGAUUUAGAAUUUGUUUUAGAAAAAUUCACAACAGUUACAACAAGAGCUUUAUUUAAAGCAGCAGGUACUAAUUUUGCGUCUUUAACACUGAAGACAACAUGGAAAACAACAUUGGCAGAAAUAAGUGAAAUCUUAUCAGAAGAAGGAAUAACAUUUUCUGAAUCACUUACGAAAGAAACAUUUCAGAAUUUUGGAUUAUCUUUAAUUCGUUCCAUAGAUCCUGGAUUUGAACUUAUUUAUGACAUUGGCCGAGAAGGAUUGAGUUCGAUGAGAAAUUUAAUUAGUAAACUUGGGAAAUUACCAUCUUCCUUUGAAACUUUAAAUUCGUUAUUUAAAUAUGAAAAAACAAUAUCAAAUACAUUUACUAAAGUUGAAAACAAAUUCUCCAAUAUGGAUGUGUAUGCAAAUUCGUUGUCGAAAGAAAAUUCUGCAUAUGGUCAUAAAUACAUUAAGUUUUCUAAAAAUCGAAUUUUUCCGAUAAGGCAAAUUGAAGAAUAUGGAAAUAUGGAAAAGCCGGUUGUAAUGAUUAAUGGUAAGGAAAAUCUUUGCAAUGCUGUUGAUAUAAAUACUGGUGAAAUAAUUGAGAAAGAGGUUUUACAUAUUAAAAGUGAGCAUUUUCGAAAUGAAAAAUUUGAAUUUAAAAUAGAAAGCUUCCACAACACUGAAGUAUGUGAUAGUGUACGUUUAAGAAGAGCUCCAACGACUUGCAUAAGAAGUUAUUUGCGGAAAAACAGAAGAGAAGUAGAGAAAGAGGCUUUGGAUUUUUCUCUGAAUUAUGACGAAUUUAUUUUAGUUGAUGUACGUGCCAAAUUAAGGAAAUUCAUUUUUCCAGGUAAUGGUGAAAAACAAUUGGAAUUCGUUAGAGAUUGGAGAGAAUUAUUAAAGGAAGGAAAAAAGAAUUUACCAGCAUGGAGUAAAGAAUACGAAAUAGAUGAUCCAGAUUUAUUUGAACAUUUGAUGUAUUCCAAUAAAAUAGACGAGAGAGUAACAUCUGCUGAUGAAGCAAUGUCGAGAAUCGAAUCAAUUAUGUUCAAAAACUUUAAAAUUUCUUCCGUUGAAAAUAUUAUCGAACAGUACAAUUUAUACAGGAUAUAUGAGAUGCAAACUUUCGAAGAUUUUGUUGCUUUAACGUAUUUAAAGCAUUUCGGAUUUACUGAAUUUGGUAUUAAUAAUAUCGAAGGGAGAACAAUGCAAAGAGCUUUGUACCGAUUGGCCAUUAGACAAAUGGAGAUUCCUAAACUUCCACAUGUUCUAUAUCGUGGUGAAACUAGACCUCGAGAUGUUGUCAACAAAUUGCUUUAUCCAAGUAAUAAGGAACUAGAAUUUAAUCGAAUUACAUUUACAUCGACAAACAGAGAUAUUGCACUUCAAUAUCACAAAAAUAAUAAAAAUGUAGUUAACAUUUUAUAUAAAAUUACAGUUUUUGAUCAAUAUCCAGAAGUAAUAUUAAACUCGAUAGGUUUGUCUGACGAAGAAAAGACAGUAUUUCUAUUACCGGGUAGUAAAUUUGUUAUUGAUACUGUUUCAGAUUAUAUAAUUAAUGAGAAGGAAGUAUUAUUAGUUAAACUGUCCAUUCCUCGUGAUGUUCAAAAACACACGUUCUAUAAAAACAUAAUGAACGAGUUAGAAAAAUUAAAAGAAAAAGAUGUUAAUUUCAUGAAAAAAGUUUGGUCUUCCUUUUGUUGCUCCUUAGGAUAAGUCUGGGGGAGAUGACCAACUCAAAUAUGUUGCAGAAUUUAUUAUUAAAUAUCACUUAUUACCAAUAUUCUAACUUUAUUUAGUGAUAGAAUUUAAAUAAAACUAAUUUUGCAAAAAAAAAUUCUACAGUUAAAUGCUAGACCUUUUAAUCAAUAAAUUUUUAAAUUCUACACAGUAAAGUUCUAAAUGAAAAACUCUCCACGAUUAAUUAGAAUUUUUUAUAUUCUACACAGUCGAUAUGGCAUAAGUAUGUUUAUUUAUGAAAAAAACAGGGUUGCCAUGUCGACUGUGUAGAAUAUAAAAAAUUCUAAUUAAUCGUGGAGAGUUUUUCAUUUAGAACUUUACUGUGUAGAAUUUAAAAAUUUAUUGAUUAAAAGGUCUAGCAUUUAACUGUAGAAUUUUUUAUUUCAGAAUUUUAUUCUGGUUAUUAUUAAAGUGCAGAAUCUUCUUGUGCAGAGUUAAUCGUGUAGGGUUUUCCUGAGUGCAAUUUAAUUUGUACGGUUAUAUUUUGUAGUAUUUAAUCAUUUAGAAUUUUUAUUAUUUGUUUUUAAAUUUUAUUCCGCAUAUUAUUGUAUAGAAUUUUUUUUCAGAGUUAACGGUGUACUCUCUAAAUUUGAAUCAGCGGAAUCUCGCUGAUUCUCAGCUAUAAGUAUACCACUGAUUCUAAUCAGCUUAUAUGCACUGAUGAAUUAGUGGAAUUUCACUGAUUUUUCAGCGUAUAUCUGCUGAUUGGUACCAGUGGUAUACUUAUCGCUGAUUCAAAUUUAGAGAGUAGGGUUUUCCUGUGUGCAAUUGAAUGUCUAGAAUAAAAUUAUGUUUGAUUUAAUUGUGUAAAGUAAAAAAUUGUUAAUUAAUUUUAUUUUGCUUAUUGUUCAAGUGUAGGAUUUUAUUUUGUAAAAUUAUCGGUGCGCAAUUUUCUCGUGUAGGGUUUAUUUGUGUAGAAUCUAUACCGCACCGAAAAAAGUACAGAAAUAAAUAUUUCAAUAUUAUAAAAAAAA